GAAAAAUGGCGGCUUCUCGGACGCCCAACAAGGUCGACAGAGCCAAAAUUGUACCUCUGAAGAGAGGCGCAGGUUUUCGCCGUGCCUCGGGGAACAUAGCGGCCAUCGACUUCGGCACCAAGAACUGCUCCCUCGCCUACGUGACGGGGGGAGACACGGGUUUGGGGUUGGGCGGCCUCAACAAGUUGCGUCUCAACGGAACGCACACCCGCGUGCCGACGGCCGUCCUCCUGGACGGAGACAAACGGGUCGUGAAGUUCGGCUACGACGCAAGGGAGCGCUAUUCUCAUCUUGACGUCCGUGCGAGAGAAAACGCCUACUAUUUCGACGGUAUAAAAGUCGACCUCCAAAGAGACAAGCAUGUGAGUCGAGAUGUGCCCGUGCGAGCACUGAAUGGCAAACAUCUCCGACUUGUGGAGGUGAUAGCACAGAUCCUGGGCUACCUGAAGAGAGAAUUGAUUGACAACCACCUCAGAAAGGCCGGCUACAAUUUCACUGCCGAGGACUUCGACUGGGUGGUGACCGUCCCGGCAAUAUGGCUCGCCAGUGGCAAACAGAUGAUGAGAUUAGCUUCCGUAAUGGCUGGUCUGUGUUCAGAGGAGAAUCCAGACCGGCUGUCGCUAGCUCUGGAACCCGAGUCUGGCGCCAUCUACUGCCACGAGAUGAGGAAACGAGGCCAGGUGGCUUACCCCACCCCACACCCAAACUCCACCCCCUCAACUCCCACCUCUUACUCCUACCUCAUUGUCGACAUUGGGGGUGGUACCGUCGAUGUCUCCGCCCACAGAGUAUCGACCACGCCCACCCUCAGCGUCGAGGAACUCCACCACCCCGACGGGAACGAUUGGGGCGGACUACAAGUAAACUUAAAAUUCUCGGAAUUCCUGCAAAAAUUGGUCGGCGAUCGCAGAUUUUCUCGCUACCUUCAAGUCAACGAUGCAGAUGCUAAAAUCCUAAACCGGUUUGACGUCGACGAAUUGAUGAACGUCACGUUCGAGAGGGUGAAAAAGGCUUAUUGUCGAUCUCCGCGAGACGAGAGAGAAGAGGUUUUCGUAAAACUGCCAGACAGUUUUCUACAAGAAUACGGAGAAGCCUUAGUGGCAUCGCUGGAGGCUAAAACGAAGGAGCUGCGGAUGGAAGGCCGCGAGAACGAAAUAGUGACACUCAGGGACAGCAUUCUGCGCAUUCCGCCAUCCAAAAUGGAGCAGUUUCUUCAGCCGGCAGUGGACGGGAUAACAGAGUGCAUAGAUGGUCUCCUAGCAACGCUAUCAAACACGGGAGUCGAGAUCAACACCAUCUACUUGGUCGGGGGAUUUGGAGGUUGUCACUACAUCUACGAGUUGUUCACGGAGCGAUACGGAGAGGGUAGGGGGAUAAUCGUUCCUCCUAACCCAGAGUUUGCCAUCGUGGAGGGAGCUGUGCUGUUCCGAGCCAAUCCCGGGAUCGUCCGCUCGCGUAAGGCGGAUGCCACGUACGGAAAGAGCGUCGUUAGGCAUUUUGAGAGUUUCCACGACCCGAGAUAUCGACAGGGGGACCACUGCCACAACUUGUUUCAGACGAUUGUGGGGAGAGGAGAGAGCAUCAGACCAGACUGUCUGUACAUGGCAGUCAGCAGACCUCUCUCUCUGGACCAGAAGAGAAUGCACUUUGAGGUGUUCAGUUCCGUGAAGAAAGCGGAGGAGUUGUGGUACACGAGAGACGAGGGGGUGGUUCAGAUAGGAGAGCUGGUCCUGGAGCUGCCAGAGGUGGGGAGGACGACGAGGGACAGAGAGGUGAAGGUCUUCUUUGACUUCUCUCACACAGAGAUACAGGUGAGGGCAUGUGAAAAGAGCUCUAAAGCUGAAGUGAAAGCAGUUCUGGAUUUCCUGUCUGCGAUUCCUCCUGGACAACGGAGGAAGGUCAAAGUUCAGGAGGAACGAGUUGAAGAGAGGGAUGGGGAUCAGAAACAUGAGGAUGAAGAGGAGAACAAUGAGGGAGAGAGGGGAGUAGAGAGAGGGGAUGGUGAACUAUGUGACCUGAAUGCAUAAACUUAUAGCGUGUCACUUUCUCAACUUUUUCACCGAUUAUUCAGUAUACCAAACGUGUAAGGGAUCUACCUAACUAUUUUGACCGUUGCAUCAUAAUUUGUUGUUAAUUGUACAAAAGAACACAGAGGGUCAGUAUUUCUAGCAAUAAGUGGGUGUGGCUGGUGGGCGGAGUCUAUGCGAGUGUUCUUCCUCCUCUGCUGAAGGUGUGGGUACUGCUCCGGACCUCAUCCAGGAAGCUAAGGGGGAAGAGAGUUUCAAGAAACAGAGCCGGCAGAUUAUGUACACUGUUGACAGAACACUGUACAACAUGGCCGACUUUCAAGGCACUAGUGUUCACUGAUGGUGGUUCAUAAAUUAAGACAAGCAACACACAUGUGCCACGUUACACUGUUUUAUAAGUGUGCAAGUGUGCUGGCAAAGGAGAAUUAUAAGGCAAGAUUAUCUGAACGUCAGGAAAAGGAAUUAGGGUACUAUACUGACUAGAGGUUAUUGCUGUACUCAAGAUUAAGGAUUAUCUGUGAAUAAUUAGGAUGACUAUAUGUGCCAUGAAAAGUUGCA